CCUGCGCUCUAGAGAUUUACUAUCAUGGCGGCGUCACUACAAAAAUAUGAGCUAAUUUUUGGCGAUUGAGAAACUCCAGAAAUAAAAAACUCAUAUGAGAACAUGCAUAGUGACAAGAAAAUAACCAAGGAAGACACUUGGAGACCAGCUGAGCUGAGAAGACAUAUCAGGGAGGAAGGACGUGCUGAUGACUAUGCCAGGAGGCGAGAUGACAAUGAGAGAAAGCACCGUGGUGGGGAAUCCAUAGAGGGACGCCGCAGAGACCCAGAGAGGGAGUCCACACGAGAGCGAGACAAGCACGGGGAAAGAGAGAGCACAAGAGAGAGAAAAGAUGAAGGCAGAUAUGCAGAGCGAAGUAAAGAGGGCUCACGGGACAGGAGAGGUGAUAAGGGAAGGGACAGAAGAGAUGAGAGGGACAAAGACAAGGAGAGGAGGAAGGAAAGGGACAGACUUGUAGAUGGAAAUAAGUACAGUGAUGACUACAGAGAAAAUAGGGACAGGAGGAGGGACAGAGAGGAAAAGCAGGAUAGGGAGAGAGACAAAGAAAGACACAGAGAUAAGGAGAAAGACAGGGUAAGGGAUAGAGAGAGACACAACGAGGAGGACAAGGAGAAGAGGAGGGAAGAGAGAGACAAGGAAAGAAGGAGAGAAGAACGGGACAGAGAGCACAGGACUGAGAGGGAGAGAAGGAGGCGCGAUGAAACAGGAGAGGGAGAAAGAGAUCUGACAGAAAAAUAUGAUAGAGAACAGAAAGACCGGCAUCGGGAGAGAGGGCAACACAAAGAUGAAUAUGGAGAAAAGAGGAGUGACAAAGAAAGACAAGAAAGACACAGAGACAGAAAGCAUUCAGAACGGAAAGAGGAAAGAGAGUACAGAGAAGAACACAGAAGACAUAAAGAGGAGAGAGAGAGGAGACACAAAGAGAGAGGAUAUCAUGAUGAAAAGCAGAAGCGUGACAGUGAAUCCAGGGAGCAUCGAGACUUGAAGGGGUCAGGUGAAGAGGAAAGGCAUCAUCGUGGACAGGCAUCAGAACGAGACAAACACAAAGAGAGACGGCACAGAGAGGAAGAGGAUCCUGAGAGGAAACACAGAGACAGGAGGCACAGAGAAGAAGAAAAUCCAGAGAAGAGACACAGAGACAGGGGGAAGAGAGAAGAAGAGGACCUAGAGAGAAAUCACAGAGAUGGAUCCAGCUCCAAGAAACCAGCCUCUGACAAAAGUCAUAGGCAGGAGACUAAUACGAUGGAAAAAGAGGAAGGUGACAUCGCUUCUGAGCACUGGACACCUAGUGUGAAAGAUGUAGGAGACACAGAGGAGCCUGUUGUCAAUGAUGAAGAUUUGGCUGACCAGGAAUAUGAAGAUGAUUUUGAGGAUUAUGAGGAAGAUUUUGAGGAGCUGGAUGAGAGUGAAAAUGAAGAUGAGGAUGAGAAGGAGCCAGAGUUUCCACAGGUGGGAGAAGAGAGAGAGCAACUUACUGCACAAAAGAGAAAGGAGAUAGAAGCAAUUCAGAGAGCAAUGAAUGAAGAGAAUGAGAGAGUCGGAUCAGCUCAGUCAAGACAAAGUACGAGCAGAGGGGAGGAAGAUGGGCCUAAAUGGUCCAGAGGAUCUGAAAAGAACCAGAGUCGUGCCUCUCAGCGUGGGAAGUUUAUUGACUUUGUGGCAGCAAAACAGCGCGAAGUCAGCAAGAAAGUUGCCACAAAGCAGAAGAAACGCAGCACAGAGCUGCUUCGCUUAAUUGAUUUGGAUUUCUCAAUGACGUUCUCCCUUUUGGAUCUGCCUCCUGUCAGUGAAUAUGACAUGUAUAUUAGAACCUUUGGAAAUGCAAAUACUAAACAGGCUUAUGUUCAGUGUAAUGAGGAUAAUGCAGAUCGAGACAUUCAAACAGAAGAGAUAGAAGUGUCUGAGAAGUGGACGCAGCAUCCUCCUGAGCACAAUGGAGCCUGUGGGGAUCCAAACCUCUCUCAGGAAGCACGAGAGAAAAACAUGAAUGAAAUGAACUUUGAUUCCCAGCGUCUGACGGCAUUCCUGCGCUCAGCCUCACAGGUCAUGGUCGUCCUGUUGGAAGAGGAUCAAGCUGAGAGAAAAUCCCUGAGGAAGUUGAAGACUCAAGUGGACGCGCUGUCUUUCAGCGAUGGAAGUUUACAGCUCAACACUAAGUUGCCUUUUCUUUUUGGUCGCCACAUCAGCCUGGUGCACUUCUCUCAGGUCCAGAGACACACCAUGAUGUCAGUCCACAUGCCUACAACUAAGCCCAGCGCCGUGCGUCUUGACAGCUGCACCAUCAUUUGCAUCUGGAACAUCUGGGAGCCAUCCAGACCUCAGAAGAUCCUUGUCUACGAAUCUGAGGUGCAGUGUUGCUGUUUCAGCCCUGGAAAGGCCAUAUUAGUGUUUGCAGGCACGUCAGUUGGCUCUGUGGUGUUGUGGGACCUGAGGGAGCCUGCUGCUAAUCACCACCGCCUGAAGAUAGGGGAGGAUGAGUGGACCUUCAGACAGCCUACCUUCUCCACUGAUGCAGUGAUGGCCGGCUCAGGCCAUUUCUCAUCCGUGACGUCUGUAGAAGUCGUCCCCUCCACUGUAGCAGGCGGGCUGAGGCCAGAGGUCCCCCUGCUGGCAUCUGACGAAGAGUCGUCAGGAUUGUCCUUCCAGCUGGCUUCUCUGGAUGAAAGCGGGGUUUUAAAUUUCUGGGUGGUGGUGGAACUCCCAAAAGCCAACGAGUCAGGCUCUCCAACAGAUCUAGGGCUCAGGCCUGGGGGCAAAGUAAAGUUGCUUCACAGCUCCUCCCUCCUCACUGCUGAGAGAGUAUCACCACUAGAUGCAGUGAGAACAGGACCAUUACAGACUCUUCAUUUAAAGUUUCUUCCAACUGACUCCAAUCAUUUCUUUAUUGGCACCAAUAUGGGUCUGGUCAAUCAUGGAACGAGCCACGGUUUGAAGGCUCCUCCAAAGUUUUACAGGUUUCAGGAAGCUGGAGUUCGACCUGUUGAUGUGAGCUCGAUCCACUUUUCUCCUUUCAGACAAAACCUGUUCUUGGUGGGUUGUGGGGAUGGCAGCAUCAGGCUGCAUGCAGUCAGUCACGAGCAGCCUGUGGCAGAGUGGCAGAACAGUACAGCAGGUGAAGCGGUGGUCUCGCUGCAGUGGGCACAAACCAGGCCCGCAGUCUUUUGUGUACUCGAUGCAGCCUCUAACCUGCACAUAUGGGACCUGGUGAAAAACGACACAGAGCCUGUGGUCACUGAGAGGAUGUCUGAGAACAGGGUGACAGCCAUGGCCGUGUUUGGAGACUCAGGAAAACAAAACACAUAUUCAGGAGUAGCUCUGGUCUACAAGUCAGGAAAAAUAGAAAUGCAUUAUUUCACAAGAAAUUUGACUGUGCCCAUUCUUGCAGAGGAGGAGAAGUUGGACAGUAUGAUGACUGAAGCCUUCUGAAACACAGCAUCUGAAAUGGCUGCAUUUAGACUGAUUAAAGUGAUUUCCUGCAUUUUUAAACCCUUGAAGAGCAUCAAGAUCAAUUUAUACAUCUGUUUUCAUCACUUUCCCUUUGUAUAGUUUAUGACCUGUUUUAGGUUUUUCUUCUUAAACUGAUGACACAUGGCAUGAAAUUUUUGCAUUAAAAUAGUGAUGAGAGGAAUGUGACUAAAUACCAAAGAUCCUCGACAGGGGCUACAGCCACACAGUUUCUUAUAUAACACUAUAAGAAACAUGUAAAUGUUUGUUGAUGUAAAUAUUUAUACUUUUUGACUAAAAUGAGAUAUUUGUAUGGUGGUAACAAGUCUAAUUUUAUACAAUAAAGUGAGUAUUAUCUGUA